GGCUCCGCAUCCGCCAAAAGCGCGGGGAAAGGCGGUGUUUGGCGCCGGUCGGCCGGGCCCUCCCCCUGCUCCGGGCCUGGCAGCUCCGCCUCCGCCCCAGCGGGCCGGGCCGGGCCGGGCCGGCGGCUCCCGCCGCCCUGGGGCUACUGCCAAAGCCGAGCUCCGGGGGUUUGGGUUUGUGUGUUACGGAAACAUCGCAACACCUUUGUUGGUGCAACACCAAAUUGUGCCUUUCCUUAUUCCCAGCUGUAUACUUCUUCACUUAAUCUCUUUAACUGGAUUUUGGGCAGGUACCCAUCUCAAAGUGCUUACUGAAUUCUUUCUGCAAACUUUUUCUCCCAGAACAUUAAACGAGUGUUUGAUAACAGUUUUUGGUAAAAAAAAAUUGCACUAGAACUAUGGAGCCUGCCCUUUGCUUUGAACAUCAAUGUGUCUUCUUACAGAAUUGAUGUUAACAGCUUUUUUUCUGAGCUUUAGUCCCAGGCUGCUGCCUUUGUCUUGUGCCCAGAAGCCAGAGCAGCCACUCACCCUUGGCACUCGUCUCCAUGCAGUAGCAGAGGAACUGAGGUUCUAAUACCCUGAGACCUUCAGUUUUAUGCUUUCUUGACUUGCUAAACAGUUGCCCAAUUCUUCAGGAUUUCCAGCAGUGUGAAAUGUAAUCAGAGUGUUGGUGCAUUUUGGUACUGGAAUGAUGACUACUGCAGAAGUUGUCAAGAAGAAGCAAAAUUACACUAGUGUGCAUGAAGCAGUGAAAGCUGGGGAUGUAGAACAGCUUGCAUCGAUGAUAAAAAGUGGAGCCAGUGUUAAUGAGGUGGAUGUAGCUCACAAAUUCACACCCUUGCAGUGUGCUGCCCACUCGGGAAGUCUGGAGGCCCUGUUACUGAACGGAGCGGACGCAGCAGCUCGGGACGAGCGCGGGUGCACGGCCUCGCACCUGGCUGCAGCCCACGGGCACUCGUACACCCUGCAGACCCUGCUGCGCACUGGGGCGGAUGUAAAUGUUUCAGACAGGAAUGACUGGAAACCUGUUCAUUAUGCUGCUUUUCACGGUCGCUUGGGGUGUUUGCAGCUUCUUGUUCGAUGGGGAGCAUGUGUAGAUGAUGUGGAUAACAAUGGAAACCUUCCAGCACAUCUGGCAGCAGUGGAAGGACACUUGCAUUGCUUUAAGUUCUUGCUCAGGAAAAUGGCCAGUGUUAUGCGCACUCUGAAAGCCAGGAAUGACCACGGAGAGACUCCAAGGGACUUGGCUGAACGGUUCUACAAAGAUAAUAUUCUGCAAUAUAUUGAUGGUGUGGAAAAAGAGGAGGAACAUCCAGAGACACAGGAAGUUUUAGCUUUCCCAGCUCAUGAUGCUGCUUUCAAUGGGGACUUGGUAGUGGUUAGAGGACUAGUGAGAAGUGGAGUAAUCAACAUUAAUGAGCGGGACGAUAAGGGAUCCACUCUCCUGCACAAAGCUGCUGAACAGGGGCAUAUCCAUUGCUUACAGUGGUUGGUUGAAAUGGGAGCUGACUGUGACAUUACAAAUGAUGCUGGAAAGACUCCAAAGGAUGUAGCCAAGAGAUUUGGCCAUCUGGCAGCUGUGGAACUGUUGACACCAAGAACUGGAAACAGUAACUCUAGUGAUGAAGAACUAGAUGCAAAUAACAUCAAGUUUUUUGAAACACAUGGUGUAGAAGGGAGUACAGAUAGCAAAGAAGAUUUAGCCCUGGAUGAAGCAGAGAAAAGGAAUGCACGCAUAAGGGCCUAUCACAAGAUUAAAGAACUUCAGAGACUUCUAGAAAUUGCCUACAGCAACUACAGACAGCUGGGGGGAGUAACUGAAGAGGAGAAGAAGAUGAGAAAAGAAGAAAGGAAAGUUGAGAAGGCUGUGAAGGAGCUGGAGGCCCAGCUGGAGUAUGAGCGAGUCAGGCGGGAGAAGCUGGAGAGCCAGCUGGAUGACUACCGUGCUGAGAUAAACCAGCUCCGAGAGGGCCGGGGGAAAACCUGCACCGCCCCUGCUGCCUCCGUGGAAGCUGAGACAAUGGCCAAGUCUUGCAAAGAUGAAAAUAAAGAAGCAGUCAGCCUGAAGCCAAGGAGGAGUGCAACUACACUGAAGAAUGAACCUCAAAGGAGGGGCAGCAGACUGCAGGUGGAUUUUUUCAGUGGGUUGAACAGCUACAUUGCACAGACAGUCUCAAGAAAGCUGACAUUACACUUCUGGCUGCUCGCCACGCUGCUCUUGGCCCCGCUGCUCCACUCCUGCAGUCUCGACUGGAUGCUCGUCUCCCAGCCCGGAGCUGCGAAAACCACUCCACAGACCCGUACCCGAGACACCUCUGGGUGACGCCCUUCCGCACCGCCAGUACCUCCUCCCGCCCCGAACAACCACCUGACAGCCGCGUACACGGCUGCUGCCGCCCGUGGAACUCACCCCUUGUUCCAGCCCCGAGGGAAGGCGCUCAGCGCUCCCUCACACAGCGCCUAAGGGACGGGCCCCGCGGCCGCUCCCACACUGAGUCCGGCCAGCGCCGCUCACAGACACGGCCCGAGCUCACCCGACACCGGCAGCCACCCACCCCGAGGGGCCGCAGCACGGCGCUGCGGCGCCUCUCACCUCUGCGAGGAGCCGGGAGCAGCCGGGCCGGCAUCGGGAGCAGGAGCGGCCCGGCCAAGGCGCGGAUGGCACCGCUGCUCCCGACGCCCCUCAUGGCUCCCCAGCCCUCCGCUUCCGCCCGCUCACUGCCGCUUCCGGUCGGUUCCGCGGGGCAUGCUGGGUAUUGUAGUCCGCGGCCUCACGGCAGGGCUCGGCCCGAGGCGGCGGCGCAGCGCUCCCGUGCGGAUGGGAGGAGCGGAGGCCGCCGUGUCCGUCCUGAGCUGGUGCCGCAUCGCGGGGGCUGCUACGCUCUGUUGACGCCAGGGAAACGAGCUUGAAGAUCAUCUAGUUCCAAACCCCUGCCAUGGACAGAGACACCUUCCACUGGACCAGCUUGCUCAAAGCCCUAUCCCUGGCCUUAAACACUUCCAGGUAUGGGGCAUCCACAGCUUCUCUGGGCAACAUGUGCCAGUCCUUCACCACCCUCACAGUAAAGAAUUUCUUCCUUAUAUCUAA